GCCGCCACUGAAGCAAGAAGAGGACUAGGAAACCUAUGGAAAGCGUUAUUGAACAGCUUUUGUGAAAGGAAAUAAAUUGGUCAAUUGCGGUCAUAAAGAGAGAAAGUAGUAUUCAACACCUAGCGAGAGCGCUAAAUGGACCAGAAAUAACGGACCUAGAAAGCGGCGGUUGGUUCUCAACAAGGUGGAGUUUUGUGAGUGAGGGCGAGGGCUACCAUCGAUUGCCUUUAUGCUAUUCGGUUACCUGAUGGAGGAACCAGAACGAUAUGUGUCUCAAAGAUAAUUGCUGCCUUUACUGAAAAUAUUGAACUAUUACACCAAAAGAAACAAGCAAAGAAGAACAUUAACGGGAUUUCCAAUAUAAAAUUAUAUGAAAGAGUUUUAAAUAAAUAUCUGAUUUCGCAUACAAUUCGCAUAAAACUUAUUUUACGAUCAGUGAAUGACUUCUGUUAAUGGAACGAUCAUAUCCUGUCCUUUGAAGUGCAGUUUCUGCGUCACAGGUCGCUGAGAACACAACAUUUACAUAAAAGUAGGACUGAUGAAAACGGACAGUGUAGAGUAGAGGAAGGGUGGUAGUUAGUUGUAGCAAUAUGGCUGAAUUGUGGGGUUUGGGGCACUGGCUGGAACUACCCAAAUCGUCUGGAUGCUAGUUAUAGAACAUGGCAACCUAUCCCUGGGCAUCGGUAGCCUCAGAAUAAUGCCUAAAGGUAAACAUAGUUACUAUCCGGACUCUCCCUCUAUCCGCAUAUCCAAGAUGGAUGUGAUCAUCCCGUUCUCCCCAGAUGUGCCCUGUGAUAGCAACGGGCAGCACAUGUGGUGGGCUUUCCUUGCAUCCUCCAUGGUCACGUUCUUUGGGGGUCUCUUCAUCAUUCUGCUCUGGAGAACUCUCAAGUACCUGUGGACUGUCUGCUGCCACUGUAACACCAAAAAGAAGAAUGCUCAGCGGGUCCACAACCCUAUCUCCUAUGGGGAUGGCAUCAAGCUCACCAAGGAGACGGUGGCUGCGCUCAGCGAGGUGGGCUGGAUGACCUCCGUCAAAGACUGGGCCGGGGUCAUGAUAUCAGCCCAGACACUGACGGGCAGAGUCCUGGCGUGGUCUGUGCGGUCUUCCCAAAGGAACGGAAAGCUGAAGGAUAUCAGCCGGUUCGAUGCUGCGUUUCUUUCGGGAGUCCAUCCCAAACAGGCCCACACCAUGGACCCUCAGCUCCGACUCAUGCUGGAGGUAGCCUACGAAGCCAUUGUAGACGGAGGUCUGAACCUGCGGGGCAGCAGGACAGGUGUUUGAUUUAGGGUGAGCGCCCGGAGAGAGCGGGGCGGGCCUUCAGCAGAGACCCUGAGGGGGUUGCUAGGAUACAGCAUGACGGGCUGCCAGCGUGCCAUGUUCGCCAGCCGACUGUCCUACUUCUUCGACUUCAACGGCCCCAGCACAGCCAUCGACACGGCCUGCUCCCCCUAUUCUUGGCUUUGAAACCCUUCAACCCAUUACCCAUGACAAUGUGACUCUGCCCUGGUGAGCGGGGUCAACCUGCUGCUCAAGCCAAACACCUCGGUGCAGUUCAUGAAGCUGGGCAUGCUCAGUCCCGACGGAACCUGCAAGUCCUUUACUCCUCGUACAGAGGGAAUACUUGUUGAUGUGUCCAGCGUGUCCAUGGCUAAGAGGGUGUACGCCACGGUACUCAACGCUGGUAACAACACUGAGGGAUGCAAGGAGCAGGGUGUGGCGUUCCCUUCAGGUGAGAUGCACCUAGUGCGUUCUCUCUCUACCAGGGUCCACAUCACGCCUGACCUGAAUUCCAUCGAGGCCCACCGGCACCGGACCAAAGUCGGCGACCCACAGGAAGUGAAUGCAUUCAGUGUGUUCUGUCAAUCAAAAGCGUACCCACUGCUCAUUGGGUCCACCAAGUCCAACAUGGCACCCAAGCCUGCCUCUGGCCUGGCUGCCCUGGCCAAAGGCCCUGCGGGGCGCGCUGAGAGGAGGCUGUCUCUGCCCUCCUCAGCAGGGAAGGAACACUCGGGCGACAACAAUUUCCUGUGUCUGCUUCCCAGGCAGGGUGUCCGGGGUGCCUCACAGCGGGGAUGCCCUACAGGGCCUACGCUCCUGAUUGGCUCCAAGGAUGAUGUCACAGAGGUGCAGAAGACUGAGGCCCGCCCCCGCUGUGGUCCAUCUGCUCAGUCUGCUCAUGAGCCAUACACCUUCGAGGACACCUCCCUGUACCUCGCUGCCAUACAUCGCCCAAUUGACCUGCUCCAGAAGCUGGGUCUGCAGCCGGGCGGCAUUGUGGGCCACAGUGAGGCGGUGAGUAAGUUUGUGGCAGAGCUGAAGGGUGUGUUUGCCAGAGGUUCUAGUGCUGGUGUAGCCUUCCAUUCUUACUACAUGCCUCCAUCCUCCCCCCUGCUUCUCUCAAGUAACAGCUGUCAAACACUGAAGUUUUAACCAAGGGUGAUCAAGGAGCCCUAAAGCAGAGGUCUGCCAAGGUGGAUCCUUACAUCUAUCCCCCAAAGGACUGGGACCCCGCUAGCUCUGUACUCCUCAGCAGAGUACCAUUGUAACCUGGUCAGUCCUGUCCUCUUCCAAGAGGGCCUGAGCCUCGUGCCUGAUAAUCGCUGUGGAGGGGAGGGCUCCACUCAUUCACUACUGCUGCAGGCGAUCCCUGAGGCGCGUGGCCUAAAGCCCACAUGUUCCAUCUUGCCCUUGAUGAGAGAGGCAUGCCAACACCUGGAGUUCUUCCUCUCUCACAUUGCAUGGCUUCUCUCCUUUGUGUCCAGGAUCAACGUGGACAGUAAGCAGCUGUACCCGCCUGUGGAGUACCCGGUGCCCGUGGGCACCCCUCUGAUCUCCCCCCUGGUGCAGUGGAACCACGCCCAGACCUGGGACGUACCCAAGGCUGAGGACUUCCCUGCUGGUUCUGGAGGAUCCACCUCAGCUACCAUCUAUAACAUUGACAUGAACCCAGAGUCUCCGGACUACUAUAUGAUUGGCCACUGCAUUGAUGGGCGUGUCUUGUACCCGGCCACGGGUUACCUGGUGCUGGCCUGGAGGACCCUGAUUAGGAGCCUGGGAGUUGUCAUGACCCCCCUCCUUCUCACCAUCCUCAGGGCCACCAUCUUACCCAAGACAGGUUCAGUCCAGUUGGAGGUGCGUCUCAUGCCCGCCACCAGUCGGUUUGAGGUCUCUGAGAACGGCAACCUGGCUGUCAGUGGCAAGGUGAGCAUUCUGGAGGACUCUGCUCUGGACUCAUUUCGCUCUCAGAUCGGUAAGCCUGUCACUGGGGACGACGGUGACCCUAAACUGCGCCUGACGGCCCAUGACAUCUACAAGGAGCUCCGUCUCCGUGGUUACGACUACGGCAAGACCUUCCAGGGCAUCCUGGAGUCCAACAAUGCAGGUGACAGUGGGAAGCUGCAGUGGACCGAUAACUGGGUGACCUUCCUGGACACCAUGCUGCAGAUGAUCGUGGUUGGCCUAUCAGGACGCAGCCUUCGCCUGCCCACGCGGAUCCGCUCUGUGUGUGUGGACCCCACCAUCCACCAGGAGAUGGUCUCUGACUACGCAGAGGGGAAGAAAGCUGUGGAUGUCCACGUCAGCCGUUGCCUUGACAACAUUGUGGCGGGCGGAGUACAGAUCUGCGGCCUCCACGCCACUGUGGCGCCGCGUCGUCAGCAGCAACAGAGCCCGCCCACCCUGGAGGAGUUUGUGUUCGUUCCCUACCUGGAGACAGAAUGCUUGUCAGCCAAUGACAAGCUGGGAGACCAACUUAAGAACUGCAAAGGUCUGAUCCACAAGCUGCAGAAGAAGCUGGCUCCUCAGGGCGUCAAGCUCUCCAUCCCUGGUCUAGAUGGGGUGUCUGACCCUACUGUACCCAGCCCAGAGCCCUCUGAGCCUGGCUUGCUGCGGCUGCUGUCCCUGCUGUGUGGUCUGGAGCUGAACGGUAACCUGCGGUCAGAGCUGGAGAAGACUGUUGAGAAGGAGAGAAGUUGUCUCCUCCAGGACCCCCUGAUACAUGGCUUACUGGACGGCCCAGCCCUCAGACACUGUCUGGACACAGCCCUGGAGAACACUACCCCUGGGAAGAUCAAAGUCCUGGAGGCUCUCUCCAGCGACGGUCGUCUCUUCUCCCGCGCCGUGCCCCUCCUCAACAUCCAGCCCAUGCUCCGCCUCGACUACGUUGCCACGGCAACGACCCUCGACCUCCUGACCCCCCACCAGACCACCCUGGAUGCCCUGGGGGUCACCGCGGCGCAGUGGGACCCCCACCAGGGCCCCGUGCCCGGGGGAGCAGUCGGAGGGGCUGAUCUGGUGGUGUGUAACCACGCCUGGGGGCCCCUGGGGGCCGGGGCAGAGGUGGUGGUGGGGAACCUGGCCUCGGGGGCCAAGGAGGGGGGCUUUGUGAUGCUCCACACCCUACUGAAGGGAGAGACGCUAGCAGAGACGGUGGCCUUCCUCACCUCCAAGGACAGCCAGGCCAACCAUCAGAGACUGUUCUCACAGGCUGAGUGGGAGACGGCGUUCUCUGAUACGUCUCUCAACUUGGUGGCUGUCAGGAAGUCCUUCUAUGGCUCCGCCCUAUUCCUGUGUCGCCGUCGGUUACCCAGCAAACAGCCCAUCUUCCUACCUGUGGACAGCAUGGACUACCAGUGGGUGGACACACUCAAGGCGACGCUGGCUGAGCCCUCAGACUCUCCGGUCUGGCUGACUGCUACCCAGACCCACUCUGGGGUGGUGGGCAUGGUCAACUGUCUACGCCAGGAGCCUGGUGGCAACCGCGUACGGUGUGCGUUUGUGUCCAACCUGUGUGAGUCCUCUGCGGUGCCCACCCUGCAGCCUACCCAUAGUUCCAUGAGGUCUGUGCUGGAGGGAGACCUGUGUAUGAACGUGUUCAGGGAUGGACAGUGGGGAGUCUUCAGACACCAGCUCAUCUCUCAGGAUCUGAGUGAGGAGUUGACAGAGCAGGCGUACGUUAACGUGUUGACCCGCGGUGACCUCUCCUCCCUGCGUUGGAUCGCCUCGCCCCUCCGUCAUUUUGUGGCGAGCAGCCCCAACGUGCAGCUGUGUCGCGUCUACUACAGCUCCCUGAACUUCAGAGACAUCAUGCUGGCCACCGGGAAACUCCCACCGGACGCCAUCCCAGGUGACCUGGCCCUGCAGCAGUGCAUGUUGGGUAUGGAGUUCUCAGGUCGAGACCCCAGCGGUAGGCGUGUGAUGGGGCUGCUGCCUGCUAAAGGCCUGGCCACCUGCGUCGACGCUGACACACGCUUCCUCUGGGACGUCCCAGACAGCUGGACCCUGGAGCAGGCGGCGUCGGUGCCGGUGGUCUACGCUACAGCCUACUAUUCGCUGGUGGUGCGAGGCAGGCUCCGCCCAGGCGAGAGUGUUCUCAUCCACUCAGGGUCAGGGGGCGUCGGCCAGGCUGCCAUCGCCAUCGCACUCAGUCAGCGCUGUACGGUUUUCACUACUGUUGGAUCAGCAGAGAAGCGUGCCUACCUACAGGAGCGUUUCCCCCAGCUCACCGCUGAGUCCUUCGGCAACUCUAGAGACGCCACCUUCGAACAGCACGUCCUGCUACACACACAGGGAAAAGGAGUAAACAUGGUGUUGAACUCCCUGGCUGAGGAGAAGCUGCAGGCCAGUCUUCGCUGUCUGGCCCGACACGGACGCUUCCUGGAGAUCGGCAAAUACGACCUGUCCAACAACUCCCCGCUGGGAAUGGCUCUCUUCCUGAAGAACGUGGCAUUCCACGGGAUCCUAUUGGACGCCCUGUUUGAGGAGGGAAACAGGGAGUGGGAGGAGGUGUCCCAGCUGCUGAAGGAGGGCAUUGUGGGAGGUGUAGUCAAGCCCCUGAGGACUACAGUGUUUGAGAGAGACCAGGUGGAGGAGGCCUUCCGAUACAUGGCCCAGGGAAAACACAUCGGCAAAGUCCAGCUGCAGGUGCGUUCUGAGGAGAUGGGUAAUGGUACCCAGGCGAUGGGCUCACCCCUCUCCCUCCCCGCCAUCUGCCGUACCUUCUGCCCCACCUCCCACUCUUACAUCAUCACUGGGGGACUGGGUGGCUUCGGGCUGGAGCUCGCCCAUUGGCUGACGGAGAGAGGCGCCCGCAAACUGGUGCUCACCUCCAGAUCGGGCAUCCGCAACGGUUACCAGGCGAAGCGCGUGCGUGAGUGGCAGGGGAUGGGCGUGCAGGUGCUGGUGUCCACCAGUGAUGUCAGCACCCAGGAGGGGGCGGAGCAACUCAUCAACGAGGCCUGCAGGCUGGGGCCUGUGGGAGGAGUCUUUCACCUCGCCAUGGUGUUGAAGGAUGGGAUGCUAGAGAAUCUGACUCCUCAGCUGUUCCUGGAUGUCAACAAACCCAAAUAUAACGGCACCCUCCACCUGAACAAGGUGACCAGAAAGAUGUGUCCAGACCUCAGCUACUUCGUAGCCUUCUCCUCUGUGAGCUGCGGCCGUGGCAACGCCGGCCAAAGUAACUAUGGUUACGCCAACUCUGCCAUGGAGCGCGUGUGUGAGCAGCGGCGCCACGACGGCCUGCCCGGAUUGGCUGUCCAGUGGGGCGCCAUUGGCGAUGUGGGCGUUGUCCUGGAGACCAUGGGCGGUAACGACGUGGUGGUGGGUGGGACUCUCCCGCAGCGCAUCACUUCCUGUCUGGAGGUGCUGGACCGCUUCCUGUGCGAGCGUCGUCCGGUGAUGUCGAGCUUCGUGCUGGCAGAGAGGAGCGUGGUGAAGAGUGAAGGAACAGGACCGAGAGACCUGGUGGAGGCUGUUGCUCAUAUACUGGGUGUACGUGAUGUCAGCAGCCUGAACGCUGACGCCUCAUUGGCUGAUCUGGGACUAGACUCUCUGAUGGGCGUGGAAGUGCGUCAGACACUGGAGCGCGACUACGACAUCGUCAUGGCGAUGAGGGAGAUCCGACAACUCACCAUCAACAAGCUCCGAGAGCUGUCCAGCCAACCGGCAGGAACAACAGAGUCCCAUCAGUCUCCAGUGAAGAAGGGAGGAGUUCGUUCUCUGUUGGAGUCAGACCUCAGUUUGAUGCUGGUCAACCCAGACGGCCCCACGGUCUCGCGUCUCAACGAGGUGCAGAGUGCUGAGCGCCCGCUGUUCCUGGUCCACCCUAUAGAGGGCUCCAUCGCUGCCUUCCGCACGCUCACCGCCAAGCUCAGUGUUCCCUGCUAUGGCCUGGAGUGCACUAAAGCUGCUCCUUUGGACAGUAUCCAGUCUCUGGCUACAUACUAUGUGGAUUGUAUACGUCAGGUGCAAUCAGAGGGUCCGUACCGGAUCGCGGGAUACUCCUUUGGGGCUUGCGUGGCGUUUGAGAUGUGUUCUCAGCUGCAGGCCCAGGGUAGAACCGUAGAGUACCUCUUCCUCUUCGACGGAUCACACUCCUAUGUCGCUGCUUACACGCAGAGCUACAAAUCCAAGCUGACCCCUGGUAAAGAGUCGGAGGCAGAGACUGAAGCUAUGUGUGCCUUCAUCCAGCAGUUUACUGGCAUCGAGUACAACAAGUUGUUGGAGACCCUCCUCCCUCUGUCUGAUCUGAAGGCCCGUGUCAACAUGGCGGUGGACCUCAUCACCUCCAGCCAUAUGAACGUCAGUAAAGACUCCCUGCGAUUCGCCGCCGCCACAUUCUACUACAAACUCAAGGCUGCCGACAGUUACAUUCCAGCAACCAAAUACCAUGGCAACGUCACCCUGCUCCGCGCCAAGGCCAGCAGCGACUACGGAGACAACCUGGGGGCUGACUACAAACUGAGCGAGGUGUGUGAUGGUAAGGUGUUGGUCCACGUCAUUGAGGGAGACCACCGCAGCUUCCUUGAAGGAGAAGGGGUGGAGUCUAUCAGCAGCAUCAUCCACAGCACAUUGGCCGAGCCACGCAUCAGUGCCCGAGAGGGUUAGACCAGUCCCGCCCAUUCACAGCCCUCUCCCAUCAUGAAAUCUUAACCCCAUUGGUCAAUACAUAUAAUGGACGCAACCCUCAACCUAUUAAAGCUCUUGGCUCACUGCCACAGGGUAUGUUCCCAUGGGAACAAAACGUGCUGUAUGUAAUGCUACCAAUAAGGUCUUCUCUUUUUAUUUUUUAAAAUCUUGUCUCUUCAUCAUGUUUUGAAUGGUAGAAUAAGUCUCCAUACUGAUAAUCCUGCUACAACUGGAAACCCGCUGGCUCAACCCUAUAGCUAGCCUAGCAUGUGAGCCUUGCUGUGUUGCCAACUGACUAGUGACUAGAUAACCUACCUAGCUGCUGUGUUAUGAUCCUGCUAAAGGGUGUGUCGUUACCUUGGUGAUAAAGCUGUGUGGAUGGACCCUUUACCUACUCAUUGUGUGUUUGUGCGUGUAUGUGCAUGUUUUAUUGUAUGCCAAACCCUAACAGUGCCCAAAUGAUGCAGACAUGGGUCUGUUCCUCCAGGACAUAGCCUCCUGUCUCUCACAUGUCUUUCAUCUGUUCAAGCUCUGUACCUGUUACCAGGAAGUUGACAUUGUUACAUGGUUGUCUGUGUCUGGGGAAGUUUUAUUUUCUGUUUGUAUUGCAUCAGGGUUUGUUUACCAGCUUUGGUCAGAAGUUGAGUUAAGAUCCCUAUUUUAGUAGAUUUUGAUGUUUGUUUUGUUUCCUUGUAGAGAUACAGUGGCUGAUGUAGUGUUGUUACACUGAUCCACUUAAGGUAGGUUCACACAGUGAAAUGCAGAAGACUCCCCAACUUGACAACUAAAGGUCUUACUGUCGCUACAAGGAAAUUGAUAGUGUUUGACUGAUACCAUAUUUGAUCAAGUUAAUAACUUUAUUACCUAUUCAGCUGUUUACUGGAAAUAAGACUGUCUUUCCAGUUAAGAACCUUUUGAAAACAACAGUAUUCUUCUGGGUUGAGAUCUGGGUGUGUUGUCAUUCCUGUGUGAGUACACCUUUAAGAGGACUGAUUGGAUAUCUACAGUUCACAUUUCUAUGACGUCGGCUUCUUUGACAGGAAAAAAAGUAAUUUAAAUUGCUGCUGUUUAAGAAUGUUCAAUGUAACUAGCUACAAUGGAUUACUAAUAUUACUAAAUUAACAUUGUUUUCUUUUCCUUAAAUGGGAAGACAUUUUCCAACAUUCCUGAAAUAUUGUUACACAAGACUAAUGUAAAAAACAAAACAAAAAAGUACUACUGCUGUCAACAUGCAAUGCUUCAAAACGCAUUGGCACUUGUUUGAAAGGAAAUUGAGCAAUGGUCCAGUAUUUGGGUAGUGCCAUACAAGUGAUGUCCUGCUAAACCUAUUGUCGUGUUCACUAGGGCACAAUGUAGCAAAAUGCUUUGCAACUGAAAACGAGCAUUCAUUUUUUGUGCCCACUGAACAUGACCUGAUUUUACUGUCUCACUGAAAGAGUAGUAGUUUGUCCAUGCUUCCAUUUUGUUUGUGAUGUGGAAUCAUUGAUCUGAAGAACGGGCCUUGUUGAGGAGUAGGUAGAAUUUACCCCUAACCACUAGUCCAGGAACAGAUACUUUACUGUCCUCCUGUUAGGACUGUGGGCAGGGUAAUCUGAUCCUAGAUCUGUGGUUACGAGGCAACUUUAUACCUCCAGCUGUUUUUGACUCCCAUGACCUUUGCUGACUCCUGAAGGUCCUCUAAGAUCUGGGGUCCAAUCCCAGAAUGCAACAGACUGACCUGACUUCUGAGACUUCUAAUCAGGUCUAUGAAGUGUCAGGUGACUAAUUUGAACACUGUGAUUGGCUGCAGUAAAAAGGAGGAGGAAAUUGACGGUGUGUUCCUCUAGUUGUAUUUAUUGUAUUAGUCCAAAUAAAGAGCUAUUACUAAC